AUGGCGCAAUUCGACCAUGAAACCAUAGUGGAAAUUCCCAUACAACCCAAAUUCUUCGACAGCAGCGCUGCAGUGCGAGGUGUUACACCUGAAACGCGACGCUGCUAUUUUUCCGAGGAGGGCAAGAGGAUAUUGAAUCAAUCCUACUAUUCAAUGGACGAGUGCCUGUUGCGCUGUCGAAUCGACAGCAUGUUGCAGCAUUGUAAUUGCGUCUCCCCGCUGAUGAAGUGGAAGCGCGUUUGGUUCAGCUACACGGAAUUCCCAUAUGUGCAUCAGGAUAAUGAGGAAAUUGAGACGGGCAUUGAUCAGUGUAAGCAUUGUUUGCCCACCUGCAAUGGAGUCGACUUUGAGAUUGUGAGUAAUGUGGCCCCACUGCGUCGUACCUACAAUUCAUCUGGCUAUUUCCAUGGUUUGCUCAAGGGCUUGACCAACGAUCGACCUUUGUCCAUUAUCAAGUUAUUCUUCAGACUGCGCUUUGCUCAGGCAACUGAAAUGAAUAUGGUUGGCGAUUGGGUAGUUCUACUCAGUUGA